AUGGUUGUUAUAAAUGGAUACACCUUCAAGUCACAGCAACUUCUCACACAGCAGCCCGAUCACUCUCAGCUCGCCCAAUACGCCCAGCUCCAGAGCCUGGCUCCCAAUCCCGCUCACAAUCCCAAUCCUGGCCAGCCAGUGGCAGGCGGUGGAGGCUCCUCAAUGACCAUGCCGGCAUUGUCAUCGUCUUCAUCGUCCGCGGGCAAGAGCAAGCGGGAAUGGGAUAUCAACGAUGCCAUCGUGCCACAUGUCCCAGACCAGGAAUUCGACGAGUUCAACGAGUGGAGCGAUGGCCAUGUCCGACACAUCUACUCCCUGCACAACGAGGAGGCCAAGAAGCACAUCUCCGGCUGGGCGAUGCGCAACACGAACAAUCACAACGUGAACAUCCUGAAGAAGAGCUGCCUGGGCGUCCUGGUCUGCUCGCAGCACUGCACACUGCCCAAUGGGUCCAAGAUCAACCUUCGACCGGCGAUCUGUGACAAGGCACGCCGGAAGCAGGAGGGCAAAGCCUGUCCCAACAAGAGCUGCCGCGGCGGCCGGCUGGAGAUCAAGCCAUGUCGCGGACACUGCGGUUAUCCGGUGACCCAUUUCUGGCGGCACUCGGGCAAUGCCAUCUUCUUUCAGGCCAAGGGAGCCCAUGACCAUCUGCGUCCGGAUCCCAAGAACUCCACCGUGUCCAAGAGAGCCUUUGGGCGAGCUCCUCUAACAGGGAAAUCGAGCAGUGGAGGUUUGGGCAAGAAGUCCGUGAUUGCAGGUCUGGUCAAGCAGGUGAAGCAGCAACAGAGUCUGAUGGGCAAGGUCCUUAAACGUCCUGUGGCCAACAAUCCUUUGAGCCACACUGGCUUGGAUAUAUAUCAGUAUAAUGCCUGUGGCAAGUGCACCAGCUACAGCCACUGCACCUGCAGCUACCUGGAGGAAGGCACUUCGGCGAGGAGCCACCAGUUGACCCAAUCCUCAAGCUAUGCUGGCAAUUCGUGGCCCCUGAGUGGAUCUGAUUCAACGGCGCCAUGCGAGACUGCUGCCAAUGUGUUUACGGUGAAUCAUCAGCACAUUACGUACAACUAUCCCAUCUACCAUGCCACUCCAACGGCGGCCACAGCGGCGCCCAGUAAGUCACCCAGUCUGCCGUACACCUGCAGCAUCUCGGAGCUGGCCGCCUAUCAGCAAGGCUCAUCCUCCGGAGGCAGCGGCUAUGCGAUGAGCGCUCCCCUCCACGGACACACUCAGUGUCAGGCGCUCUCCUACGAGUCCAGUCCACAGCUGGCCACCCCGGAGCCGGAGUUCAUCAACUACUCGCAGAUCAAGCAUUUGGGCAGCGGCGGCGGCGGCGGCGGCGGCGGGCAGGAGGAGAUCGGCUGCAAGGGAGAGCCGGGAGCGGGUCUUCCGCCGCCCACCAUCAAGUACAAUGCCACCGUGGAGACGCAGCCCUAUGUGGAGGAAAACUACGACUAUUAUUACAGUCCCAAAACGGAGUACGAGAUGCAGCAGCAUCAGCCGCAUUCACAUCCACAGCAGCAGCACCAGCAAUUCGCCGGGAAUCCCUCGAUGGGGCACCAUUACUACGAGAGUGGAAGUGGAUACAACGGCGUCAGUUACUUCGACACGGGGACCACCACGGCACCGGUGGUAAAUGGCGGAAGCGGAAACAACCUGGAGACCGGAUAUGGCAGCUACUACGAUCACUACUCCAGCUACGAGCAGCAAAUGGCCGUCGCCGGCAGCUUUGCGACCUCAUCCUCGGUUGCCGGAGCCAGUGUCCCGGCAGUUAUCCCGCCCCCAGGCCACCCACCGCCUCCGCCGCCGCCACCGCCCACGCUCACAUAUCACCAUCAUCAUCAUCAUCACUUGCACCACGCAUCAGCGGCCACCACGGCGCUAACACCAUCAAUAACGCAUUGA